AUGGAUCACGGCUCAGCAGAAAGCGCAGCAUGCAAGGUUUCCAUGAUGUGGAAUUGGAACACCAUCGAUGCGUGUUUCCUUGCAGAAUCAUGGCAAAUAGAGAACAACGGCAUGAUGGCCGCAUCGUGCAUUGGUGUUGCCCUUCUCGUCGUGGCCCUCGAAUGCCUACGACGAAUCGGCAAGGAAUACGAUGGCAUCAUCAUGAAGCAGGUCCAGCGCCGAGCUGCCUCUCUCUCGGGCGAUUCCCAGUCUUCUGAAAAGGGCAAAAUUUCUUGCGCUACGCAGCUGUCCGACUGCGCCUCGACUCCCCAGAUUCUCACAUUCCGAGCCUCACCGGUGCAGCAGUUGGCCCGAGCCUUCAUCCACGCCGUCACCUUUGGCGUAGCAUACGUGGUCAUGUUGCUUGCCAUGUACUUCAACGGCUAUAUCAUAAUCUCUAUCGUCAUUGGCGCUGGCUUGGGCAAGUUCUUGUGCGACUGGCUUGUCGUCAGGAUCCAGGUCAGUGGGCCAGGUGUUGGUGAAGGGCCGAAGGGCAUCGACGAGACAACAGUAUGUUGCAGCUGA